AUGGAAACCAGGGUGUUGAUAAUCAUCCUGCUGCUCUUAACGAUGGUGCGGGCCGCAUCCAAAUACUACGAUGGUCCCAUACGUCCGUACGAGUUUGGCUUUAACAUCGAAGGACACCAGCACAGGAAGGAAUCCAAAGAUAAAAAUGGCAUCAUUAUGGGCGAGUUCGGGUUCAUUACCGCCGAUAAUGUCUACCAUGUCACGGUGUAUGCCACCGACGAGGACGGUAACUUUAAGAUUGUCAGCAUGAAGAACUAUAAACUAGGCCCAACGACACCGCCUCCGGCACCUCCACCACUCCCAGCAACCACCACCACCACCACGGCCGCACCGACGACGGCAUCGACGACACCGCAACCAUUUCGCAUAAUCACCACCGCCAAAUCGAUCGUUCCGCUCACCACACCGAAACCCUCCAACCUGGCGGCCUGCUCGGGAUGCAAAAUUCCCGAACCGCCGAUGCCCUCAACGCAACCACCGCUGCCCGAAACUAGCACGCUGUACGUACCACCGUUCAAAAUCGUCAAUAAGAACGACCUUGAGCCGGUGGGCGGUAAAACUAUGCCCGGUUCGGUGACGACCACGACCUUGGCUACGGUGAGCGGAACCGAAACACCGCAAGAUGUGCCACAAAAGCUGGUGGCAAAAUCCGACAAAGAUGCGCCGGGUCGUCCGAAAACAGGUGGUGGCUCGAAUGGGACAGCAACUACCAACGCGAACGCAGGUGAUCGGAAUCAACCCACGAAAGCGGGCAUCAAAUCGAACGAGCAGGCAAGCUUGGAACGAAAAACGCCCAAAGAACCACACACCCAAACCCAUUCACGAUCAGACAGACCCGACAAGGAUGACAGAACCACCGCCAGGAACGAUAAGGACGAUCCCAUGAAGCUGAUUGAGAUGCACACCGCCAAUAUGAUCCAGCACAUCCUAAACGGGCUGCUCUACCGGUUCAACUACACCGCUGGGUAUCACGGCCAUCACGAGCAGGGUGAUCGGCAGGGUAAUAAGGAGGGCGGCUACUACGCGAUCGGUCGUGACGGCAUUCGGCGGGGUGUGAGCUAUAAGGCGAAUGAGUUCGGGUUCCAGCCACACAUCAAGUUUGAGAAGGUUACCCCCGAGGAAACGCCACGAGAGGAAACGGAAAAGCAGGCGGGUUUGAAAGGAUUCGACUUCAAGUGGUUCUACGGUUCGUAA